ACCGUGGAACACUGGUCCCGGGGAAAGAGGGAGGUGUCCGGGCUUGGAGGCUCGGGUGGGCCUCGCGGCGGGCCGGGCCUCACCUCGCUCCGCGCAGGGAACACGAGCUCGAGCCGGACCCGGGGGCGGCGCGCGGAGCGGCUGGUCCAGUCAUGGCAGACUACUGGAAGUCGCAACCAAAGAAAUUCUGUGAUUACUGCAAGUGUUGGAUAGCGGACAAUAGGCCUAGUGUUGAAUUUCACGAAAGAGGGAAGAAUCAUAAGGAAAAUGUGGCAAAGAGGAUCAGUGAGAUUAAACAGAAAAGCCUGGAUAAGGCAAAGGAAGAAGAAAAGGCAUCAAAGGAGUUUGCCGCAAUGGAGGCAGCUGCCCUGAAAGCCUACCAAGAGGAUUUGAAAAGACUUGGCUUAGAGUCAGAAAUUUCAGAGCCAAGCAUAUCACCAGUAACAAGUACUGUCCCGCCAACCUCUGCAUCAAAUCAGCAGAAGGAAAAGAAGAAGAGGAAAAAAGACCCUUCAAAGGGAAGAUGGGUAGAAGGCAUAACCUCUGAGGGUUACCAUUACUAUUAUGAUCUCAUCACAGGAGCAUCCCAGUGGGAGAGACCUGAAGGAUUUCAAGGAAACUUAAAAAAGACAGCAGGGAAGACUGUUUGGGUAGAAGGUUUAAGCGAAGAUGGUUAUACCUACUAUUAUAAUACAGAAACAGGAGAAUCCAGAUGGGAAAAACCUGAUGAUUUCAUUCCACAUUCUGGCGACCUGCUUUCUAAUAAAGUCAGUGAAAACUCACUUGAUACCCUAGAAGAGUCCAAAUCAUCAGAUUCUCAUAGUGAUUCUGAUGGGGAGCAGGAAGCAGAAAAAGGAGAGGCCUCUACAGAAACACAAAAGCCAAAAAUAAAGUUUAAGGAAAAAAAUAAAAAUAGUGACAAAGGAACUGAACCAGAAACACAGAAAGAAAAAACUACCCAAGAGCAAAAUUCAUCAGGUCCAAAUGAAGAAAAAUCCAAAGCUCAUAAAAAAUCAAACCCGUAUGGAGAAUGGCAAGAGAUUAAACAAGAAGUUGAGUCUCAUGAGGAGGUAGAUUUUGAACUUCCAUGCAUUGAAAAUGAGUGUGUAUCAACUUCAGAACCUGAUAUUGGUGGACAAUCUAAAAUGGUAUUUAAAGAAAAAACAGUCACUUCUCUUGGAAUCGUGGCAGAUGGAGUGGCCCCAGUCUUUAAAAAGAGAAGAAUUGAAAAUGGAAAAUCUAGAAAUUUAAGGCAACGAGGUGAUGAUCAGUAAUUGCAAAAGAGCUUUUUGUACCUGCUUUUCAGACCGCAUGGAGACUGUACAUCUUGAAGCUCCUCUGUGUUUGUUUAAAUGCUAAAAAUUUAGAUUUAUUCUAAAUGUAUUUUCUGUGAAUCUAAAAUAAAUCUUUUUUCAUGUGAAACUUA